AUGUCCUCAGAACCCGAGACCCCCGUCAUGAUCGAGUGUCUGAAACGACAAGUCGACGCUCUAAGUGCACAGGUCGACGCUCUAAGUGCUGAAUUGGAGGCAGAAAAGGCCAGGAAUAAGGAGUUGGAGCAUAAGAAUUCUUGUUUGGAGCAUGUAGUUACGAUGCUACAGGAUCAUAUUCGAGGGAGAGAAAAGUGGGACGAGAUUUUGAAGAUUAGGGGAUGGGAUCAGGAGAAUAACGGCAAGAAGAAAAUAGAAGAAGAUAAAGAAGAAGAGCAGACAAAGGCAGACAGCGAGGAUGAUAGUGAGAGGAAUGUAGAAGAAGACAUGGGGGUUGACAUGAUGGAUGAGGGGGUUUGGCAGGGGCUCGAGAAGCUGGGGGGAAGUGAGUAA